AUGGCUACUCAGCUGCUGAAGCUGGCCCACAAGUACAGACCAGAGACCAAGAAGGAGAAGAAGCAGAGGUGGCUGGCCCAGGCUGAGAAGAAGGCUGCUGGCAAAGGAGACACUCCCAUCAAGAGACCCCGGUCCUCCAUGAGGGAUCAUGGAAAAGACCCAUGUGAGGAGAAACUUGUCAUUAAGAGACAAUCCAAUUACACUAUUUCCGUUGGAACCUCAUUUGAGCUGAAGUGUCCUAUGCAGUACUGCACUCUCCCACCUCCUAAUGUGACUUGGUGCAAGUUUGAAGAAAAACAAUGUUUACCAGUUAGAGAUAGUCUUAAUCAAAGUGUACAAUUAGACAAAAAUGCAACCAGCGCCUCAAGACCAGGAACGCUUUCUGAAGAGAGGAUAGACAGAUGGCUCCUUUAUGGUUUGCUUCCUUUGGGGGCAUUGCCUCUGCUCUUCACUGCAUGUUUCUGCCUCUUCCGCUGCCUGAGGAAGCACCAAGAGAAACAAAAGAAGUCUUUGGAUUCAACUAGAAGGGAAGUUAACCUGGCUGCUGUUCCUCAGAACUUUGGGAGUGAGCAGAUUGAAGUGGGUACCAGGCAAAACUCCAGAACACUGCCUUCAGACUCUGGGAUUUAUGACAGUGAUCCUUGGUUCAGGACACAGGAGGAACCUGGGGUUUCUUGUAAGCCAUCUGUGGAGGCAAGAAACAAGAACGUUGUUUAUGCUUCCCUGAACCAUUCUGUCACUAACACAAACCCAAGACAAACAAGAGAGGUGAAAGAAACACCUACAGAAUACGCAGUCAUAUGUGUGAGGAGUUAA